UGAUUUCUGUACUCAUCAUUCAAGUCUACUGGCAGCUUGAAGAGAACCAGCGAAUAACUUGGAAAAGAACUAUUCUUCAAGGCUCGAAAUGGUGAGAGAAUCUUAUCGUAAAAUAAUGUUUUUUGUAUAAUAUAGUAUACUCGUAUAAACUUUUCCAUGUAGAGGAUUCAACACGCUCCACGCUUAGGCAUGUGAGUACCUACUAAGGCCAGUUUUUAAGGUGGCCCAUCGACCUCUCUAAUGUACGGCGGUUAUCGCUAGUUAUGCUCAGAAUCUAACGACCAGUUCAACCUGUCUAGUUAAGUUGUUUAGCUUGUUGAAUAAUUGGAUGCUUGAUAUUCUCUUGAGCGAGAUCCUUGAGCUUUCUCUUCCCUUAAACAAAUAACCACAGUUACGGCGAUUUAUGACGAAGCGAACCCAGACACAAGAUAAAAAAAAAAAAAAAAAAGAAAUGGCCAGCAUUGCAGCAAGAGUUAACUGUGUAUUAUUCAAACAUAUUGGCGACGCUACCAAACAACGAACAAGCUCGCCAAGAUAGAGCAUCGAGGCGUGGAAUCCGAAGGUCUGGGGUUUGAUUCCUAAUGCGAAGUAAGAAGUGUUUCAUAGAGAGGAUUCCACGCUUAAUCGUGUCCAAUAAAACCGACACCCCACAAAAAUGUUCAUCUCCAUCAUGUCAAGAGAACAAUUGGCGUUCUGCCCGACGAGAUAUCCGAUAAUUAUUACUGACCGUGAUGGUCACAUGAUGCCUUUCUAACAGUAGGAAUGAGUUUGCGAUGUAUCAACAAAUAAUGUUGUAUUGUUUGUAGACUGCAGAUUGGAAAGCUUUGUGUUUCAUCGCGAUUUUCUUCACUGGUCAAAGCGUGAACUCACAGGCCUCAGGUAUUUAAAGCAGUUUAUUUAUUUACGACGUCGAUUUAUUUUUGAUUUUUCAUUUAGGGGGGAAGGGAACGGGACUUUGAUCAUCCUUAAAUCAGGACUGCAAGCAACUCAGUUGACAUACACGUACUAGUCCUUUUUUUUUAAUUUUAACUUAUCUUUUAGUCAAAGGAACUCGAGAGACUCUAAACCAAAUCCUGUUCCUUCUGGGAUGAGGUAAUGCCCAAAUUAUGGAUUAACAGAAAUUAAUUGAAAUUGCACGCCUCUCUCGUUUGUUGACAUUAUGAUUGAGAUUUUACCACUUCAAAGAGAGAUUGGAAACGUUUCAGCCACGGGGUAACAUGAGUCAAAAAUACACGUACACACAAACAUGUCAACAUAAGGUAGUUUAACCGAAUCUAACACGUGCUGUCUUAAUGUAAAUGCUCUGUUUAUCGAUUCUUUGAGUGACAAACUUGAAAAAUACAAGCUUCUUUUUUCAAGAUGAGCAAAUUACAAAUGCCUCGUCGACAACAACAAGAUUUUAAAAAUAAUUUUAAAACCUUUAUCAUGAGAUCUCAUUUGGCACAUAUUUUGUCCACACCCAACCGAAAACCAGGCUAUUAUUGAUUUAAAGUUGGAAGCUUGGUGAAGACUAGGUUUCGUGACCAAAUGUAAUGAAGAUUAUCUUUCCCUUAGGUAACUGGCAGAAGGCAAAUACUGCUCCAGUGUGUUUUGGCACCAGGGAUACUCAGCCUGGAUCCUUCUACCUGCCAUCUGGCGGCGGACUGGCCGCUAUAAAGUUGGUCCACUUGUACGGUUACGUGUCCUGUGACGUUAGACAUCCCCAACACUGGUCAUUUUGGGGGUGUGGUCAACAUAGCAGUUUAAAACAAGAGGUUGAUGUGGUCAUAACAACAUCGGACGACAAACAGAUCAUUUUGCCGCCAGCAGAAUUCAUGAAGUACAACCACCAAGGAGGCAAGUGGGCCAGGGUUCCCGGAUAUGACUCAUUCUCCAAAGAGAUUGUGCUAACCCCAUUUGGCAAGCCUUAUCCAGUAGUUGCUGGUCAGCAGCUUCACCUUUGGUACGCUGAGGAUCUGCAAAAUUACACGGAGGGCGACAACGGAGGCAGAGUUUGUUGUGAUGUUUAUGCUCAGUUUCAAGUAUAGCUUUCGUUUUCGUAUUGGCCAUAUUUUCAUUAAGUGACAUUAGGUGCAAUAAUCAAUGCGAUGAUCUUAGAGUGAGCUCUCUCCUUCAAAACUGUUGCAUUUCCAAGUUUUUUUGUUUCGUUCAUUAGGUUGGUGUAGACAAGCUUACAAGUUUUUUCACACAACUAACCUCCUUUGAAUUUCGACGUUAGUUGUUGUUACUGUUUUGAUUUUAGAAAAAAAAUAGCAAAUAUUAUGUUAUGUAAUUUCAGGCAGCGAUGACGUAGAACAAAACGAUAAAUUACUGGAUGUACGAUUGGCCAGUAAAUCAUGAGCAAAAUAAAUGGGC